CACUAACAUCUCUCUUUUUCUUUGUGUUUCAGAUUACACAAGGACUCCACCACCAUGGUGCCCUUCCUCCUCCUCCUCCUCUCCUCCUCCUCUUCCUCUGUUCUCUCCAGUGACUGCCCAGAGGAUUGCUCCUGUCAGGCCCAGGGUUCCAUCUUCUGCAUCCAGCGUCGUUCCACGGUCGUCCCCCGCGGCCUCCCUUCCUCUGUGAAACAUCUCUACGUCUUCCAGAACGGCAUCAAUACUUUAGCCCAGGAUGACUUCACAGGCCUGGGGCAACUGGAGAUGCUGGACCUGUCCCAGAAUAAACUCACGGAGGUCCCGGACGGGGUCUUUGAAACGCUAUCUUCGCUGAGGAAUCUCGAUUUGUCCGCUAACUACAUUACCCACAUCUCCAAGGAUAGCUUCUCCGGAUUGGUGCAACUCGAGAGGCUGUAUCUCCACGGCAACCGCAUCAAGAGCAUCCAAUCGGAGGCCUUCGAGGUUCUGGAGGAUCUUCUGGAACUGAAGCUCCAGGGGAACCAGUUGACCGGUCUCCCAAUGCUCCGUCUCCCCAGGCUUCUCCUCCUUGAUCUCAGCUUCAACUCUCUCCCGACGCUGGGUCCCCAAGACCUCCAGGCCCCCCACCUCGAGUCGCUCAAAGUGGCUGCGUUGGGGCUCACCACCCUGGACUCGGAUCUGAUGGCCUCCCUGGGGAACCUCCAUGACCUUGAUGUGUCCCAGAACCAGCUGGAGGGGAUGCCUGAAGCAUUGAAGGCCACCCGGGGGCUGAUCAGGCUCAGCCUGGCUGCCAACCCCAUUGGGGAGCUCCGGAACGAGGACUUCCAGAGUCUGGUGGGUCUCCAGGAGCUGGAUAUCAGUGGGCUGAACCUCCAGAGCUUGCCCCAGGGUUUCUUCCAGCUCUUCCCCAGGCUGGGGCACCUCACGGCGGCCGAGAAUCCCUUCAACUGUCUCUGUCCUCUGGCCUGGUUCCCUGGCUGGCUGAAAGAGAAGAAUGUGGAUCUGGGACGCACAGAGGAGACAAGGUGCCACUUCCCACCAGUGAAUGCUGGCAAGGUGCUGGCGGAGCUGGACCAUCCAGAUUUCGGCUGUCCACCUACGACCACUGUCAUGACCAAUGCCCUAGGGGAGGGGAGUACUUCCGCACCCCCCAUUCCGACUACAUCCCCUGGAAACACACAUACCAACGCCAUCCCCCCACCUCCGCCAUUCCCUAGUGAUGAACCAUCCUCAACGGAGACAGACAUUGAGAGUCGUCCCCCCCCUCCAGCUUCUCCGACUUCCGCUUUCAGGGACCAGGGGGAUGAGGGCCACAUCUGCCCGCCGAACAUCUGCCUCAAUGGGGGUACGUGCCGCUUCGAUCCUCUGGGACAGCUUGGAUGUCUCUGUCCCCGCGGAACUCUGGGCCUGUACUGCGAGAACCUGGAGUCGUCUAACCACAACCAGCCACCUCUCCAAACUUCCGCCCCAGAGGUUUUGGCAUCCAUGGUCGCCCCCAUUGUAACCUCUGAUCCCAAUGACAUCAGUUCCCGUCAGGUGACCUCCACGUCCAUCCUCCUCGACCUGCACCGUUUCCUCGAGACGAGGCCGCACAUCCGCGGGAUUAAGCUGACCUACCGGAACCUCUCAGGGCCCGACCGGCGCCCCAUGUCCCUCAGCGUCCCCGCCUCAUACCCAGAGUACACCCUCCGAGGGCUCCGGCCCAACUGUACCUACUCUGUGUGCGCCAGCCCCCUGGCAGAGAGGGUGAACGGGGGUGGAGGCGGUGGAGGUAGCCCUACCGAGGGAGGGUCUUGUAUGGAGGCUCGUACCGAGGGAGGUCCCCAAGCUUCGUCCUUGGAGCCCCAGGUGGAUGAUCAGAGCCAGCUCACCUACACCCUCAUCCCAGCCUUGGCUGCUCUCGCCCUGGUCACGGGGGUGGCGCUGGUGGCCAUCCUGGUUCUUUUCCUCCGGAGGAGACGGGCUCACAUGGCACUGGAAGGGGGUGAGAUGGGAUCAAUGGAACUGGAGGGCCUUAAGGGUUGUCUGGAGAACGGCGUGGGGAACGGGGGCACCCUUCCCCACAAGGGAGCGGAUAUCGCCCCCUGUCACACCUCCACCCUGACCCAGCCACAAAAUGGCGGAUCGUCACAUCCCCUUCCACAAAAUGGUGGUUUAGAAUAUGAGGCCCCCCUCAUGAAGGGACAGGGGCACUGUCCAUCGAAUAAUAAUGUGGCAUCCUUGAAGCCAUCGUAUUUCUAGAAACUCAGUCUGUUGUCUUAAUGGAUUUCUUAAUAUUUCUCUGAGACUCAAUGCACUCAAUGACAUUCAGAGCUAUGGAAGGGAACAGAAGUAACUACCCCUGUAGAGGGUAACGCUACGCCCCGCUAUCUCUAAGUGGAUGGGAGGACUCUACCAUUAUGGGGCAGUGAAAGGGGGGUGUUUUAGCUCAUCCAGCAGAGUUCAAGUUGAUAGAAAUGUAACAAGUAUUUAAACCUGAAGUGCAAUCGCCAUGCCAAAAAGGGUCUAUCUUAUAAUCGGACUGAAAACGGAAGUGCCUUCUUGCAUUGACAUGAUAUGCUGUAAUAAUGAUGCUUUUAUUUUUUAAAUGUUGAUAUUUUUAAAAGAACUGCAUUGAAUGAGUUACAAUCCUGUUGCUGGAUCAGGAGAUUAAGAGAGCGGGGUUUGUGGAGGUAUGGGGAAGGCACAGAGUCAAGGUUUGGAGGAGUAGAGGUGGAGAUAGAAACACAGGUGUGUGUGUGCUCUGUAGACUGUUCAGCACUUCCUGAAAUGAACGAGGCACCCCUCUCCACCUGCCCCCUGGCAGAACUUGCACUGAAGAGAAACUCUCUGCAACAUUACAGCCCUUCCCAGAGACUUAACCGAAGGUAGUGAAAUGCUGAUUCUGUAGAGAUGGUACCACGGACAGAAUACAGUUUUAGACGACCCCC